GCGACGCUGUAAGUACACGUAUCUCGUUUUGUCCACCGGCGGUUGGUUCGUGCCUCCCUUAGAUUUUCUUGUACUUUGUCGCGUUUUCCUAUCUAUAUUGGUCGGUGUUCUUGGCUUCGAGAACAGGAGCUUCGGUUCAAUCCGGUGGCUGUGGAGGGUUCGCCGGUGUAAGUGUAAAACCCCUCACUCCGAACGGGAGACGAGAAUACGCGCGCGAGUUCCUAAACCCCGCAAGUGGGGUUUGGGGUUUUGUACGUGAAGUCGAUUCUUUAAAUCAUGCCAGGCGGGCGAGCGUUACGAAAAAAUGCUCCAGAGGAUUUGAUGAAUUUCAGACGGCGGUGAUUCAAGAGUUUGCCCGUUUGGUUGUUUGUUUGUUUGGCCCAGAAACGCUCGACAGCGGUGGGUGGGAAGGAUGCUUCAUCCUCGACUCGACUUGGGAAGUGUUCGAGUGUAAAACUGUGGGGAGACAGCGAGCGAGGACUAUUUCAAUAAUUUAUUAUGUAACGGGCUGGUCAUCGUGGAGAGUAGACGCAAAAGGAUGAGGCGUUCAGGGGAGAGACCGGGAGACCAAAUGAAAGUGUUUUUGUUCGCCCAUGCGAUGGGGGAGCAAAAGUUUCCCUCGUAAAAAGGGGCUUUUGCAUCCUAUUUUGCUUCAAUGGUGUGGUGCGAGAGAAGAGGCAGCCAAAGUGUCGAAAGGUACUAUGUAAUAGGAUUUCUCCACCAUUUGAUGGUAGGAAAACCAAUUACUCUUCGUCGGACGACCUCUCGAUGGGAAAGGAUGGAGAAUUGAUGGUAUCGGAUGGACUUAGUUCAGCAUCGGACAGACAACUGGAAGAGAAAUAUUCCAUCCGUAGAAAGGUGAUUGUGCGUUAAUUUUUAAAAUCAAUAAACAUCAGAUGUGAAUCGGGUGUGUCGGAUUUUAUGUUGGUGGUGCAAGAAAACAGGAAUAAAAGCAUUGUGCGCAAUAAAAACCGGUUGCAAAUAAGAUCCUUUCUGAUGAAAUAGCGGUUGGGUUGGGGAAGUGACUGAAGUUUUGCGGAUGAGGGCUGUGAGAGCCGGGUAGGAGUGAAAAUUUAUUGGCAGUCUGUCCAACUAGCGCCCACAAAUCCUCCCAGCGUCCAGUGAGAGUAAAGCCGGGGAAAAAAUAUUUCCCUGGUGCGAGAGGAGAAAAGUACGUGCUUGUGUUAUUAUUUAUGUGUUGUGGUCGGUCGAAAAGGAGGCGAAAUUCUUCCGGAAACUUGUGUGUAAGGGUAAGAGGAGUGGAAUGAGAAAUUCAUGAAGAGGCGUUGAGGUGCUCCUCGUAGGAUAAUAAUGUGAAGAUUUAGCAAACCGUUAAAAAAAACUAAGUGAGAUUUUUGGGAUCCUAUGGGCCAUAAAAACCACGGAGUCGUAGGGAAAAUAUGUGCACCGGAAGAUAACAAAACACUGCACCGUGUUGUGUCGCGUCGUUUCCGGUGGUGUGUAUUCGCGCAUACACGAACAGAGAUGAAAUAUUGCCCCUGCCCAGAGUCGCCAUAAAAUAUCUUAUUUUUCGGAACCGACAUAACGUCCACGGAAUCGUAAAACACGUUGGCCUGUCAUGGAAGGAAAGUGCACACGCUGCCGUGCCAUGGCCGAGGCUUUCCCGUGUUGCUGAAGUAAGGUUCAGCAGAUCAUUGGAAACAUGCUGGAAUAGAUGUAGUACCUGUUAAGAUAUAACGUUGUGACUGAUAAGCACGAUUGAAAUCCACUGAUCACUGAAUUACUGUAACGCACAACCGAUAGAAGGUGUGUUUGUGGCACCUGUUGACCAAAGAGAGAGAAAGAGCUAACGAUGUCUUGCUACCCGGACCGAACAAACACCCAGUAAUUAGUUCACACUCAGAAACGAGAAUUCGGCGCACCGGCCGGUUGCGUGGGUCAUGGUGACGGUCAACGAUUCUGCCCUCUCCGGCUGGGACUCGCCGGACUAUUUUCGGCUGUUUAGCGAAGGUUCUCCCGCUGACGUCAGCCGAUCCGGUCAGCCCUCACAGCAUACCUACUCUGCCCUGGGCCAUUCCUCGAGUCACACCACCGGCGCCACCCAUGGAAUCAAUAGCAGUAGAAGCAGUAAUGGCUCAACGGUGGCGUCCAAUGCUUCUUACCUCUAUUACGGCGAUGAUCCGGGACGGAACGAUAGCCGUUUGGGACCGGACGGCCGAGACGAGUAUCCUCCGCCGGGAGGAAGCAAUUUUAUGCUGCUCAUGGAGGAUUUUGGUGAAUAUUUUUACAACUAUAAUGGAAGUGGUCCACCGAACGGUUCGAUGCUUGCCACUGGGGAUCCGGGCUUCCAGGUCAACUGCUCGCUCGCGAAUAGCACCUGCGUCCAGUCGAGCGGAGAUGACUACAACUACUGGGGCCUGAUCCUAGUGCUGUUCCCAAUCCUGACCCUGUUCGGCAAUGUGCUAGUGAUACUGGCCGUGUGCCGCGAGCGGACUUUACAAACGGUGACCAACUACUUCAUAGUGUCCCUCGCGUUGGCCGAUCUGCUGGUCGCGGUCGUGGUGAUGCCAUUUGCCGUCUACGUGCUGGUGAACGGUGCGUGGACGUUGCCAAAUUUCGUUUGUGAUUUCUACAUAGCAAUGGAUGUGAUAUGCUCAACGUCGUCUAUAUUUAACUUAGUCGCAAUAUCAAUAGACAGAUAUAUCGCCGUGACGCAGCCAAUCAAGUACGCGAAGCACAAAAACAGCCGGCGCGUCUGCCUGACGAUACUGCUCGUGUGGGCCAUCUCGGCGGCGAUCGGCUCGCCGAUCGUGUUAGGACUAAACAAUACGCCCGAUCGGGUUCCCGAUCUGUGCGUUUUCUACAAUAGUGAUUUUAUAGUGUACUCGUCGCUAAGUAGUUUUUAUAUACCGUGUAUCAUAAUGGUGUUUUUAUACUGGAAUAUUUUUAAGGCCCUUCGAACGCGAGCGAAAAAGCAACGCGCUGCGCGUAAGCCCCACAUAUCGGAGAUCACCGCCGGCGGUAGUCUGAUGGAAAACAUUGCUCAAACGAAGCUCGCGACGGAGUCGCAUUUGGACGGCAGCACAAAAAGUGGCUCCUGCAAAAUCCUGCCGGACGAGGCCCCCACAAACACGGCGUCCGGCUCCAACGAGGAAGACGAUGACAAUGCGGGGUCCCCUGACAUUGACGACUGUCAUGUGAUUGUGAACGAUAAAUCAACAGAGUUUAUGUUGGCCACGGUCGUGGAAGAAGCCGGAAAUCUUCUCUCUUCCAGCGUGAUGGCCCAAAUAACGACAACGCAGAUUCCCUCCGAUCCGAACGGCAAUCACGACUCGGGCUACGCGCCCUCCAGCAUAGGGGAUGUGUUGGCGGCGAAUGCAACCCCACCGGGGAGCCCAAAUGUGGCCGCAACGGUCAUUGUAAAUAAAAACGCUACGCUUAGGAGUAGGAAUGGUUCGCCCAAAAAGGAAGCCAGUGUGACGCUGAAGCCGCUGUCGCUAGUGCGGUGCGGAGUGCAGCAGGCCUUAACGCUGAACCGGCACGACUCAACGCUAUCAACGAACUCCAACUCGAGGGACAGCACACGGAAGGAUAAGAAAAACAUCCAACAGGCAUCGAGCAGAUUUACGAUCUACAAGGUGAACAAGGCGUCCAAGAAGAAGCGGGAAAAGUCCUCGGCGAAGAAGGAGCGCAAAGCCACCAAAACGUUAGCAAUAGUGUUAGGCGUGUUUCUAAUCUGCUGGGUGCCGUUCUUCACGUGCAACAUCAUGGACGCGAUGUGCACCAAGCUCGAUAUGACCUGCCAGCCGGGCGUAACGGCAUUCAUCCUGACCACCUGGCUGGGCUACAUGAACAGCUUCGUCAACCCGGUCAUCUACACCAUCUUCAAUCCGGAGUUCCGCAAGGCGUUCAAAAAAAUCAUGAACAUCGAGUGAGUGCGGCGCAUAGUGCCGGGCGGCGACGGUCGGGGGAACCAGACCGGACCCAGGGAGCUGUCGUCCGGUGGGAUGGAAACGGUGGCGGCUGCCACCAGCCAGGUACGGUGGCGCGACAUACCCGAGGACGUGGAAAAUGAGGAGUAGAUGUGAGCGCAUAUGGUGACUGUAACUGUGGAAGUGUACGAGUGUGAGAGAGAGUGAGAUGGGGAGGGGAGAGAGAGAUGGUGAAACGAUCCGUUCCCAAGCAUAAAUACGGAAUCGUUGGGGCGGACGCCGCUUUGUACGUAUGUUCCUUUGUUUUGUUUUUGGGAUGAUUCGCGGACAACUUAUAGGGAGCCUUUCGUGCAUGAACGUUGGAAUAUUCGAACAUGAAUGUUUAGAAAUUAGCAUGGGCCAGAUAUUUUCGACGAUACGAUUGUUCAAAGCGAGCAUCUGUUCGAAGCCAUUGUGUUUCCAUUGUUAAAAGGUUAUUUUUCAAUAAUAUUGAAACGAAUUAUGCUUUUGAAGCUACCGUUUUCCAAUUGAAUCGUUGGAAUGUGCUGGAAUACCUUUAGAAGACAUUCAUAACUAUUCAUAUCUCUUUUUAUUUUCAUAUUCAUAUCUCGUUUAUUUAGCAGACUCAAUUACUCAUCAGUCAUAAUUAGGGGUACCAUCUGGUCGGAGUUGAAAAUCAGGACACCUAUCACAGCUACGAUUAUGACCGAAUCAUUAUCAUUGUUUUGAGAUAUAGAUGAGUAAAAACACAUUGUAUGUGAUUUACACUUCCAGAGACCAAAAUACUUAAACCUAUUUUUUUCUGUAUUAUCGUGACUUUCAACACUUUUAGCUGAAUCGUCACUUUACUUCCAUUUACAAGCUAAUGAAGUGGGUGUGUUCGAAACAAGAUUUGCCCUUCUGGUUAUCUGAAACGAAAAAUCGAAUAGAUUCUGAAUCAGUAAAGAUGCAGCUAUCGCAUCAACCUCGAACAAGUCAAAAACAUGUUUUUUGACAAAAUGGCGGCCGUUUGAAGAAAAAGAUGUAAUUUAAAACGUUUUGUUCACGUUUCCACAUUUCUUUUAAAAAUCAAAAUUCAAAAAAUAUUAUUUUACAUACAGAUUGUAUUCAUAUAAAUUUUACAUAAAUCGCUUCAGUAGAACUUGUGAUAUCGUGUUUGAGAAAUCAAGUUUCGAGAAAAACGCGUUUUUGUAUCAAGGCCAUACUAGAUUAGAGUCGCAUCACUAGAAUGGCCAUAACUCGGUAAAUAAUGGGAUUUUCGAAGAUUCAUUUCUAGGGUAUAUUCAUGAAUGCCUAAAAUUCAGGAAUAUGGAGAAAAAAUAAUGAUUUUUUUUUAAAUUUCUAGACUAGAAUUCUUUCUUAAAUUUAUUUGUAAAUUUUUGCUUAUCAAUUACUGGAGCAAAGGAGAUAUGUUCUCGAUAGACGUAAUCCUACGUCAAAAAUGUUUUACUCAAUAACAAAAUAAAAAUAAAUUAAAUAAUUAUGAUCAGAGUUUGGCAAUUUCAAACAAGAAGAUGAAAAUGAUUUUUAUACUUCAUCUUUUCUCAUUUUUUUUUAUCCCAUUUAUUUAUUAGACUCAUUAGCAUUUAGCUGUAACAGAGCCGGGUUUAAUCGUGUACAUGUACAUAUGUUUAUGUUUCUAUAAAUUGUGAAUUACACAGUAGUUAGUAGUAGCCAUUUAGGCGUUAAGUUUUCUGUUCCAUUACAUUAUGGUAAAUUACACAGUAGUAGCCAUUUAGGCGUAAGGGUAUUCUUUCUGUUCUUCCAUUGUUCAGCAGACCGGACAGCGGAGACAGUUGAUAUUGAUCAUUGUUGAGUUAUUUAUAGAACAGCAGCCCGAUAUUUCUUGCAGAGCAGAGCAGUUGUAUGGAUGAAUCGAUCUUUGUUCCACCGUGGAUCGAUUUCCAUCGCUGAUGAUGGUUGCGUGGACGUAGUUAUUCUAUAACAACACAAAGAUGGUCAAUUGAGGGCCAUGAGUUUGAACUCACGAUCGAUCGCUUGGUAAGCGAACGCGUAACCAAGUGGCUACGAAGACCCCCCUUUUCUCAUUAGCCAGAAUCUUUUUCGAUUGCGAGUAUUCUCUACUCAAACUGAAACAUCGAUUCUUCUAUUUCGUUCUUUUCUGCUGUCAUUUCCUUUGAAUUUUAAAGCAAACACUUUCUCUUGAAUAUUGAACCUGCUCGAAUUCAUCAUAAUUCGAAUGGGCUAUAUGUCAAUUUCAGUUUCACAUGUUAAAGGACCAUUGUUGCUUCGAAUUGAAUGUUUCACUCGGUUUUAUUUCUCUAAACCGGAUUUUCCCGGAUUGUUUUUCCAAAAAAAAUGAAUUAAUAGAGGCAUAUGAGGACAUUUUAGUCUUACAACCAGCGCCAAGCAUACUGCACAUCUUUCCACAUCGUCAUAUUCAUUACUUUCAGCGAAUACGGUUCGAAUUCAAACACAAUUUUCAUUCAGAUAUAAGACACUUUCAACUUUGACGAUUUUAUAACUUCGCUUCAUUGUGAAGGAUGAAUCAAAUGAACAUGGAACUAAACAACACUAUUCAGAGGUGGAGAGAUAUUCUUUUUAUUGAGCGUGAAGAGGAGUAGCAUUAUUUUUAGCCUGCAUUAGUUUGCAGCAAAUUGAAAGGCGAUAGGCUCAUUAGUGAGUGAGGCUGUGUCAACUGAAUCGAAAUUGUAAGGCCCUGAUUAUUCAUCAACAUAAUUGAACAUCUUAUAAAAGUCAGGACAAAUGCUAGAAUAUGAAAAAUAAAUCAGGACCCCCCAGAAACAUCUCAGAAUCAAGACAUGCCCUACUAAAUCAGGACAGAUGGUAACCAUAGUCAUUAUUAAGACUAAUAAUUUCUUUUUCUUCUUCUGUAGGAACAUGAACCACUGCGACUAUUAGUUUGAUCUAUAAUAGUGCAUUCUAUUUUGCUAUACACGAAAAAUUUGAAUUUUUUCAUCAAAUACACCAUUUAUUUUAUUGAAAAAACUGCAUGAUGUCAAGCAGUUAAUCCAGUUUCCAGUUUACAUUACCAAACUAGCUAUGACUGUCAUGUGUAUGCUUUCAAUAUAUUAAGAGCUGCUUGGCUAUCUGAGAAGAUACAGAUAUUGACAUACCUGUAUUUUCUAUCCAAACAAAUGUUUGUGCAUGUAAGACUACCAUGAAUUUCUGCUUAGAAAACUGUAUGCCACUGUCCUAUUACUAUUGACAUGUCUCUUCCUGGCCAGUAAUGGCCCAGAUUCUGUAGAUUUACCAAUAAGUAUAAAACACGAGUAAUCCUGGACGAGUUUUAGAAACAGCUUCUUCCCAUUCGUUGCGAUUAAAUUCAAUCUCUUUGAAAGAAACACUGAAGCUAGUCUUCGUUUCCAUCCAGUCUUCAUUCAUGAAAAUCUUUCAGGAUUUGUAAAUGCUCUGUGAAAUCUUCUUCUGGAAAAUGUUUUGCACGUUUCAGCCCAAGAGCAACUUUUUCCGCUUCAAGUUGCUCAUAUUGGUGCAAAGGUUGAAGGUAUAAAAGAGCAUCUUGGGUUUUGGACAGGGAUUAGACAUCAAUUGAAUAUAGGCUAGCCAAAAUCAAAAUCAAUAUGGCGUUAUUUGUUUACCAACAUAUCAUUUGCGAAGAUUCGUUGAAAUUACGCAGAUAGUAAAAAUAAAGAAAAAUGCGCUGCUUUAUUUCUAACUGCAUGAGCGAUUUUCACAUUUCGGUUUCAUAUGGAGGUGUUCACAUUUAACAUGGAGUUUAAAGUUAGCCACUAUUCGACUAUAUAACCGGACCGAGUUGUAAACAACAGUAAUUGACAGAACUGAAAUGUCAGUGAACCGCAGCAAUAUUGGGUACACUGGCAAUAUGAGGGAUUUGACGUUUUAGUCAUACCCCUGGUUUUGGAGGAUGCGCUGGGCAUUGCUCCAGAAAUUGAUAAGCAUGCCAAACGUUGCACUUCUUUGCUUCUUUGUUUUUAAGGGGCUUUGAACUUUGCAGUUCAUUCGCCUAUAGUCUAAUCCACCCCUCUGACAGUUAUUUUUGUUACUACUCAAACAGCUCACACACACUUAAACUCCUGCGGUUAAUAGCAGUAACUGCUGUCAAUGUUCUCAAGUUUCUUAUGAAAGAGAGAGAAUGUUUGGGAGAGAAUUUAUUCGGUUUUUUGCUGUGCUCUCUCCAUUGAAAGUUAGUUCAGUUCAUUCACCAUUUUAGUGUCAAUUGACAGUCGCUUCUUGUGGCUCACUGUUGUGUGUCUCGUGUAAAUUAUAAUGAAAUAAAUGAAAAGUGAAGAAAUGGCCCGAAAUGUACUUUUUUACAUGCAUAAAUCCAAUCAUGUUUCAUUUUGUAGUGAAUGAAAGAGUUCAAUCUGAAACGACAUUAUGAAUCGAAACAUGCGUCAAACAUUGGCAAGAUUGUUGCCCUUGCUGAAAAAAAAUGUGAAUUCAAAAGGAAAAUUGAGUACUCAGCAAAACUUUUGUGUGAUACCGAAGUAAGAAAGCGUGUUUUACAGGAGAUCUAUAUUUUGCGGAAAAAAGGAUGCUCGAUCAAAGACGUUUACGGGUGGUCAGUUUGUGAUGGAGUGUAUAUAAAGCUAUGGAUCAAACGAUUUAGUUUUUUAACACAAGUGAACAUUUCCCUGCAAACGAGUUGAACGAGCUUUAACUUACGGUGAUACAGCUCGAGUAGUUACAUUUGUUCGAGACAUAUCUAAGGAUUUUGAAGUGACGGAUGGUUUGUCUUUUUUUCAUGAAAAGAAAACAAAAGCAGAAAUUUGAUCUAUCGUUGAAGAAAACGUUCUGAUGAAGCUCCUGCUAUGUGUGGUGAGUUAAAUUUUAUUUAAACUUUCCAUAUUUUAUGUUAGUAUAGUUUUUUUAUGUUAUGAAAAAAAACGAAUGUACUCUUGCUCAUCCUUUAAGUCAACCAGAUGUUUUGGAUGGAUUCAUGCAGUAUAUUCGCAUCACAGUCUCUGCUCACAAAAUGUAGAAUUCAAUAACUUCAUGAAGGAUGUCGUCAAAAUUGUCAAUUACAUGAGAUCGUACGCAUUGAAUCAUCGUGAAUUUCAUCCUUUCUUCAAGAUAUGAACACACGGUAUGGCAACACUCCAUUUUUUACUGAGACACGAUUGGCUUAGUAGAGGAAAAAUAUUGCAACGAUUUUUGACCUUCAUGAAGAAACCGCGGAUUUCAUGAAUAUGAAGGGAAACCCGAUUGAUAUUCACAAAAGGGAGGAGUGGAUAGCAGAGCUAACUUUCCUGACGGACACCUCAAGCCAUCUGAACAAUUCAAACUUGAGCCUGCAAGGUAUAAUUAAAUUGGUAACUCAUGUUUCUCGCAGGACCAAUGAGAAAUUUUUAAUUUUGCCAAUUUUCUGGCACGGAAAAUUCCCAACAUAUCGUCAAAUAGAAAAUACGUUGACGCGCUCCAAGCGAUGAAGGCUGAUUUUUCUCGCAGAUUUGGAAUCUUCAAAGCAAAUGAAAUAAUUUUCCAAAUAUUUUCUACCCCAUUCAGUUUCGAUGAUGAACAUUUCUGAAAAAAUACAGAAGGAAUUCAUUGAAACGCAGCAUGAUUCAGUGUUGCAUGAGCAAUUUAAUUACCACGGCCUUUUAGAUUUCUUCUCUAAAUUUGUUCCAGAAGAACGAUUCCCCUAACUAAGAAAACAUGCUCUUUUGAUUGUUUGCUUUUUUUGUUUGCUUUUUAUUCCAUUUGUUAGUAAUUAUUUUCCAUUAUGAAGCAAGUGUGAUCAAAGUCAAAUGACAAAAUAACUGAUCAUUUGGAAAACUUCUGGCAUCUAUCUGAUUUAGAUAGAGUUGCCUAAGUGAAAUCUUAACGUCAUUAGAGUAUGUUUCAUCCUAGUAUAGCCAAAAGUUUAUUCAGUUAAAUCAUGUAUGCUGCCAGCAGAAAAAUUUGAAGCAAAACAAAGUGAAAUUCUGCAGUCGUGUAGUUUAAGGUGGCUUCUUCACUCUUACCAAGAUUUGUUUGGUUUCCUGGCGACGAUGAAGUUCAGUCUGUACGAGAACCGUGUGGUAACUCUCGCGUUAUAUAAGUGCGGGAAGUGAACACGUUCAGCGCUAUCCUCUUCAUAUAAAUGCGUUGAAUGGUCGAUAUGAACGUUUCCAAGCGCAGCAUAUGUCGUAUUUUGUGUGAUUUACAGCUUGAUGCGUACAGACGAUGCCAUUUAUGUCAUCGUCAUUUAUUGUCAUGUCAUGUCAUUUAUUGACGCCAAAAUUGGAAAAAAUACGAUUGGUGCCAUUCAAAACAUUUUUAAAACGAUUCAAAUACAUGGCGAGUAGCAAACCUACCAAACUUCGUCUUCACAAAUGAUUGGCCACCCGCUUGCCCAGACCCCAAUUCAAUGGGUUAUUCACUUUGGGCCAAGUUCUAGGAGCUUGACCAGGGGUACCAAAUGUACCGCCCUACGACUGUAUUCUGACGACUGUCACCAUCAUUGGCCCGUAACAGUCGUUAGAUCAAUCUAUUAACGACAAUCACACAGUGAAAAUGUCGUGCGACAUUUAUAUUUACUGUCGUGUGCUGUACACGGCUGCAUUUCCAUAUGUGAGUAUUUUGUUCAUUCGUCUGCGACAGGCCUGGUUGCUAACUAGUCAUGUUGUUUGUAGAUUCGGAAUGCAAUCGUAAAUGCAUUGCUACUGUCGUGAAUGAUUUUUUCCCUCGUGCUGAUGAUGUCGGGUGUCUUUGUAUAUAUUAUGCAACAUCGUUCGCUUACAAAAGUGUGUUCUUUAUUCACCAGUAUUUUAUUCAUUUUCUCAUUCGCAAACUAUAGGUUGUAGGCUUUGAAACGGAAGAUAAUUUUCAGUUUCUGGUGAAUUCUGCAGCAUAUUCCGAAAUGGAAAAAAAAUAUUUGUUGGUCGAUGAUGCGGCUAUCAUAUGUGGAGAGCAAGUGAGCAACAGGGGAGAAUCUGUUGAAAGAAAUGCGAGAGGAAGUGUUGUGGGUGGAAUUAGCGUAGAUCGAACGUUUAAAGUUGGCUUCAUUUGUGUUUAUUGAGGCGAUUUGAAAUUGAUUUGAUCGAAAUAAGGCCAAAAAUGCAUUGUUAUAUACUAAUCUGUCACCACAAUUAUUAGUUUCCUACUUGGAGGAUAAAUCUAAACGUUCCCAACACUGAGUAUUUCCCGAUAUCAUCAAUAUAUUAACAAAGAAACUCUCGCCUAGAAUCAUUAGGGAUCCGUGCUUUUUUCUCCUAUGAAUUGCUGCUCAUUUGUGUACCUAUCUUGAUUCGGCCAUCCCAGCAGUACAUCAUUCUCGAUACAGCCGAUCUAAAAUUGAACCGGCUGUCUCUGUAUAUACGUAACUUGUGCUCACAACCACAUCCCAGAGCGUUCUGGUGAAAAAGCACAAACGCAUAAAAUAAAGGCUUGUUUUACGAUCGCGAUUUCUUGGUCAUGACAUUUUUCUUGCGACAGUCAAAUUUGACAGUAACUCGGGUAAACCGAUGAUAUUCAUCGCAUCAUGAGCGACUGUUACAGCGACAGAAUUAAUGGAGUAGCAGACACGAAAAAAUGGAAAAUGAACAGUACGUUUGGCUCACUACGAUCGGGCCCGACAAAUCAGACAAAUUCGACGAAGCACCGACUGCUAUAGUACAGGUUUAUUUUAUUCAUUCGUGCUCUGUCGCUUGUAUGCGAAUGUAGCGCGCACACAGUGAGUCUCGAUUUUAUUUCAUACCGACUGUAAUGAAAAUGCAGUACUUUUGGGACGCCUGAGCUUGACUAUAUAUGUUCUCAUCGAGUUUUGCGAUCGUUGAAGAAUUCUAUCGAGAAGUCAAGCCGUGAACUUCCACUUGCAACCACCCGUACUACGAUUGACAGUUGACUCAAAUGUCCAAAUUUUUACGACUCUGUGUGAAGAAGCAUAAUUUUGAUAAAAAUAUUCAUUUUAGUUAAUUUUACAUCUUUGAUGAAAAUUUUAGUUUUUUAUUUCAUUAUGUUCUAGAGUUAUGGACGAUCGAAUGACUGACAGAACCUAUUGCUAUCCUAAAGCAAAAAAAAAAGUUUUUGAAUGAUUGAAUGAAUGCCCGAUUUAAUCGAGAUAUUGUAAUCAUAUGAUGAAACUGAAUGCUAUCUAAUUUAAAUGUUGAGUGAGUCAUAGAAAGUACCAGUGAAAUAAGUAUAUUUUAAAUUUUAUUAUAUUCUAUACUAUGCCGUUCUACACAUAGUUGUCCCAUGUUACUUUUUGACAAUUUUCACUUUUCUUCAUAAAACGAUGUUUUUAUACCUAAUUUUCCGGAAAAACACAAAAAAAGUUAUAGUUUGUUCCCAGCUUUGAAAAAACAACAUCAAGUUCAAUUGUCCCAUGUUGUUAUUCUAUUCAUAACUGUCCCACCAUGUAUUUUUGUAAAUCCAUAUGAAAUUAAUCGGUUCAAGUACAAGAAUUUUAUGAGACGCUUUCAGCAGAGUUGAUGCACUCAGUUCUAGUUUGGAAGAAGGAACUAAUUCACGAACUAACAAAAAAAAGUGUAACAGAACACUUGUACACCUUGUUAGCGUAAUAACUAACCUAAUAACAACGAGAUUCAUAUUCUGCAAAAUAUUGCAGAUCACUCCCUUCUUCAUAAAACGAUGUUUUUAUGCAUAAUCUUUCGGAAGAUACGAAAAAACUUAUUGUUUGUUCGCAGUACUUCAAAACAUCCACAUCAAGUUCAACUAUCCCAUAUAUCAUUAAACAGUAGUUUUAUGCCUAUAAAAAACCCAGUGUAUUGCUUGACCGAAAUGCUCAAAGCUUCUGAAAGACAAAUAUACUAGAAAACUUUUAAUGCGUUUAUCUCAGUUGCUGAUUUUGGAACAUGGGACAACUAUGCGUAGAACGGCUUGUAUAGUGGGGGAAUAUCAUUGCGGCCCGUGACUAUGAUGACAUUUUUGAUUUGACCCGCACCAUGCCUACACCUGGGCACCACUGGUGUAGAUCCUCCUAAUCUAGCUGUUAUUUGUCGGUUGGUUAGCAUAGCAUGUAUCCAGUUGGGGAUGCUCAUGUCAAAAACUUCAUUUUGUCAUAGCUUAAUUUAUAGAAUUGUGGGAUGCAUUGUCUAAUGCUCCCUUAACAUCGAGAAAAGUUGUAAGUGAGAUUGCUAUAGCGUCAAAAGACUUCUCUAUUUUUGAAAUUAACGUGCGACUGUUUCAGUUGGUUUAUUUGCUUGGUAGGCAAAUUAAAGUUUGUUCAAUGGUCUCUUGUUGAAAUAUGAUGAUUUGAUAUGGAGAUCAAUGACCUUCUCCAUCAUUUUCAAGAUGACAGAUGUCAGACUAAUUGAUCUAUACGCUUUGGUAGUCAUCUUGUCACGUUUUCCAGCCUUGGGAAUAAAUAUAACUCGAACCUCUCGCCAAUUACUAGGAAUCACACAAGCCCUGAAUAUCUCCGUCAGAAGAGAAACAGUGACAUCCUUGCUUCUUAGUAACUGCACUGGAUAAAUCCCAUCUGGUCCUGGGUUUUAAAGGACUUUAAGAAAUCCACUGCUCAUUUAACCCUUGACUUCGUAAAGACCGCCCGGGGUAUUGCUUCAGCUCAACUCUCGUCUAUGAUUGGGAAGAAUUGACCUAUGUUGAAGACCUUUGCGUGUUCAAAAGUAAUUUGGAUUGUGCCUGGGAAGUACGUUUCCAUCAUGAUAUUAUAAAGGUUUUCUCUGGGAAUCAGUUGUGCAUUGAUAGUUUUCUUUUUUCAGGCUACCAAGUCCAUUGGUAUGAUCCUUUGAAAGGGCUUUAUGAAGUCUUUGUGAAAAAGUGAAUACAUACUAAUAAUUUUAUAAUAACUGAAUCUAAUACCCGUUUGAUUGGACAGGACAAGACCACAUGCUCGAUGUCAUGAUAACCGUCUAACAAGUAAUUAUUAGACAUAAGACGGAACAUUACGCGAAUGAAGUUCCAACCUACAUUCAAUCCCUUCAACCAUGCGUUUAUCGAUACCUCAGGAAUUAUUGUACGCAACCAGCGACCCAAGUUAUCAUCACUCCAAUUGUGUUUACAAUUGGAGUGUGCGUAUCGACGAAGAGUAGAAAAAAUUCAUGACAAGUGCCUUCCAAGGCGCCAAUAUUAACUAACGAGUCCGCUCUCUCGUUAGCUGGAUUGAAGCAAUGGAUUUGAACCCAGGCUAAUGUAUGCCUAUGAAAUUUUUCGACUUGACUGCCCAAGAGCUGUCCUAUUAUCAUAAGAAAAAAACAUGAGGCUAUUAUAGUUUUCAUUGAUUAGAUAGUUUCUAAUGAGCCUCAGCUCAAUAAUAACAGUUCGACUGAAAAGUUCAUAAGGUUGACGUCUAGAUGACGCUUCUUGCAAAAAUCUACUUGACUAUCACAAAGCACCAUCUUUCAAUGGAUACGUGUCAAAAUUUGCUGCAAAAAAUGCUCGCCGGCAAGAUAUUUAAGACCUAUGAUGAAGUGGUAUAUAGAAUAGGCAAUAAUAAAAUUGAAUUUUGCAAAAAAAAUAGUUUACCCUAACGUAACAAAUAUCCGAAUGCAACAAAUACUCGAAUGCGACAUUUACCCGAAUGAAACAUUUACCCGAAUGCAACGUUUACCCAAAUAAAAAAAGGAAAAAUUCCGACAAAUCAGGGUAUCAGUUUUGUCCAAUCUCACCAUAAUAAAUAAGAUUUAAUCAACGCAACAUACGUCAAAGAUAACGAAAAUACGCAGUAAAAUGGAAAAUUGUUAUGAGAAAAUUUGAAAAUCAAGCGGGAGACUUCGCUGAUUAUUUUUUUUAAAUUUGGGUAUGCACAAUUAACAUGACAUCUCCUUUUCCUUUCCGUAUUACUCUUAAAGGCCAAGAUAUCAGAAAUGACCAAGGGGUUUGAAAUGUUUCUUUCGAAAUGGUACUUACAUAUUAACAAUAGCAAUUUUUAUUAUGAAUGUAUUGCUUCGUGAUGAAAUUUAUUCUGAGAUCAAUGUAAUGGGGGUGAGCUCCCCAUCUAACGGGGAUAAGGAAGUGUACGCAAUCCGAGUCGGCCGAGUCGAGUCGCGGCGGUCUCUCUGUGCAAAUCUGUGUUUCACCGAUUACCCGGUUAGUUUGAAACAUAAGAGACGAUCCUUCAGUAAGGUCUACGUAUACGUUUGCCCGGUGAAUCUUCGAAAUAUAUAAUUCAUAUUUCAAUGCUAAAAUCAAAGAGCUUCUGUAUCAGGUGGUGUUUAACUUUUUUUUUAAAUUUUAUUAUCAAGAUUAUUAUCAAAAUUUUAAUCCUUUUUUAAAUAUUUUUUUUCUUUCUCAUUAGGAAUUAUUUAUCCUUCGGGUAAACUUUCUAUUCAGAUAAAAGGUAUUCAAAUGACCGUGUUUCUCGUGAAUGCACUAGAAUCUCGCUAUGUUUAAUACUUUUGUGUAAUAAUCCUUUUAUCUACUUCCAGCGCAUUAUCUGUCUUUUCUUUAGUUUUUUUUUUUACAUACAGGCAAUUUUUUUCGUGCGAGAGAUAGGGACCGCUUAAAAAAUCAUUUUAUGCGGUCCGCAUCCCUCGCAAAGCAAACUUCACCAGUAGCUUUAAAAAAUCGUUUUCGGUACACAAUUUGAUUUUUUUUUGUGCGGUAGAUAGGGACCGCAUAAAAAAAAGUUUUCCCAAGAAAAAAACUCAAAUCCACGCCGUUCACCGUUCGAUUUCCUUUUGCAGCCAUUCCAUGUCGAACCGAUAUAGUGGUUCUCAGAUUUUCGUCAAAAGUGGUAGUUUAGUUCUUUACCGCAAAACAUUAGACCCGUAUUUUUUCAGUAGGGUGACCAUUUCCAUUUUAGGGUUUUCCGAAAAAUCAACUUUUUCCUCUUUUUUCCAAAGAUGACUUUUUUCAGAAAUUCAUAACUUUUGAACUUCUAGACCGAUUCAGAUGUUCGAUAUAUCAAUUUGAAGCCAAUCCCCUGGCCUUUUUUGAAAUUUUUUGUUUUUUUUUCGUUUUUUAUUGUUUUUUAUGGUCUCGGGACCAAGGGCGCUAUAUAUUUUUUCUAAAAAACUGAGGAUUUUUAACAAAACACAUGUCGAAACCAGAGAUUCGUUUUUUUUUCGUUUUUAAGUUAUGAUUUUUCAAAAUUAAGCGAUGUUCCAAAAAAUUAUUUAUUACUUUUGAACUACUGGACCGAUUCAGAUUUUUUUAAAACUGACACAUUUGCCAAUUAAUUGAAUUGAAUAUUGAACGAAUUGAAUAUAUAUUGAACGAAGACUAAAAACAUGUUGACUUUGAAAAAUCAUAACUUAAAAACGAAAAAUAACACAUCUCCGAUUUUUGGAUAUAACCUCAGCUUUCAAGAGAAAAUAUAAAAAAUAUAGCAUCCAUGGUCCCGAAACCAUGUAAACUAUAAAAAACCAAUACAAUCAAUAAUUACGAAAUCAAAAUCCGUAUUUUUUUCGCAAGUCCAAUAUUUUUCAAAAAGAGACUAUCUAAUUGGCUUUAAUUUUAUGUGUCGAUCAUCUGAAUCGGUCUAGUAGAUCAAACGUUAUGAAUUUUUGUGUUGAAAAAAGAGGAAAAAUUGAUUUUUCGAACCAUUGGUUAACCUUAAAACAUCAUAACUCAAAAAUUUUUGAAAAAAGGCAUUUUUUUGGGAAAAAAAGAGGAAAAAGUAGAUUUUUCGGACAACCCUAAAAUGCAAAUGGUCAUCGCGUGGCUUGUUGUGCCUUUAGUUACAUGUCGAAAUUUGUUGCUAUUAGAAAUCAUGUCAUGCGAAACUUAGUGCAUUUGAUGGAAGGAUGGGAAUGAUUUGAGAAGUGGAUAAUUUAGACGCAAAUAUGCUUUUUUUACACUAAAAUGCAUAUAAAACGUCAAAUAUGCUUCUUUUAUAUACCACACAAAAAAAAUGGCAUAGGAACAGAAAAACGCACAAAAAAAAAAAGGUUUGCCUGUAUUUCAAUAUCUCAUUCUAUGAAUCUUAUGCCGACUGCUAUUAGUACAUUCGGAUAAAUGUUUCACUCGGGUGGAUGUUACAUUCGGGUAAAUGGUCAUUCGGGUAGUUGUUACAUUCGGGUACCUGUCGCAUUCGGGUAUUUGUUACAGUCGAGUGAUUGGAUUUCAGGUGAAUGUCUUUCGGGUUACUUUCUUCGGGGAAAAUGUGUCAUAAUCCAUGAUUAUACCUCCAAAUCGACACCAUUUCAUCUUCGGUGUGGGACAGCAUAACAUUUUCCACAAUCUCUCUAUACAUUACUCCGUUCAUUAUUCGAUCAAUACGAUGAAGAGGGCACACACCUGUCCAUACAAGCAUUCCCAAACCUUUAAAGUUCCUCCACCUUGUUUGAAGUAUUUCUGUGAAACCGCUGAUUAAGUCUGGUACCAAGUGUCGUCGGAAUCGAACAGAUUGAAUUUGGAUUCGUUGCAGAGUGAAACCGUUUUGCGUUUGAAAUAUUUCAGCUCAAAUGGUUCCGCAAAAAGAAGUAAAGAGAAGUCUUUCUCGGUUUGUUGUUAAUAAACUGCUAUUCCGUCGAUCCGCUCUCGCAACCCCUCGCGGGCCGGUUUUGGAGCUUACAUUCAAGCCUAAUUUUCGUUUGAUUUCGAAUCCUGAUACAAAAUAAUAGUUAUGGGAAUACGGUUAUUCAUUUGAACCGUUGAUCUUGCCAUGUAAUGCUACAACAAACGAGAAACUAGCGACUUGUGUAUGGCAAAUGUUACUCUAAUUUCAUUUUGAAAACAUCCCUUCUCAAUCGACUCAAUUAUUUUCUGCUUCAAAUCACUACUGUAACCAUUACGUGACAUUAAUAAUGCAAUGAACAAAAAAUGAGUGAAAAGUUAUCAAGUCAAAGAAUUAUCACGCAGCAAUAAUUUAGUUCUGUUUACCAACUUGACAGUUGCUUGGCUUUGAUUUUGUGCAUUUCAUGACCAGCUAUAUUUACAGUGCAGUGCUGCCAAUAUUAUUGAAGCAAUAUUGAUGUGAGAUUACUUGUUCUCCAAUGCCACUAACGUUCCUGGUGAAUUACGUCGUCUCAACGUAAGCUAUUACUUACAUCGUUUUCAAUAGCACUUAGUUGAGAUUAAUUUUGCCAAAUAAAACGUUUUGAAUGUAUUCUGGAGUGUAAGCUCUUUGACAAAAAAUCCUACAGCCAGAACGGAAAUCAAACCCCAAACCCUAUUAACAUCUCAUGAGUUGAUUAACUUUUGUUCGACACUGUAGUUGGUUUUUACAUGAAACGUUUCUCACAACUGUCAAUCGGUCUCGGAUGAUUGAUCAUCGACUCUGCUAACAUCCCAAAAACAAAACAAAAUCGGGAUAACGUAUGACGGACGUUGAUCGACGAAAACAUAGCAAAAAUGAAGGAUAAUGUUGACUAACAUCCCCCUACUCCGAGCUUGGAACAAUAUCGCCGAUAAUAAUAUAAUUAUACACAGUUGGGGAAGAAAGUGUGGUUAGUUUGUGUGAGUUUGUGUGAAUUUGUGUGCUCAUGUGUAUGCGUGAGUGGGUGACACUCAAUGUAAAUAUGUAGUAAACAGCUUAUUUAGGUUCAUAGAAAAUAUAUGACGGUAAACUGGGGGAGAGGCCAGAAAAGAAAAUUGUACAUUGCAACUCUCGCAUCCACUACAAGAAGACGUAAAAGUGAAAUAAAAACUCAAUGCAAAACCCAAGCAAACUCAUAGUGACACUUUCGGGUGACAUGGUUUGUUGUGGGGGAUGAUUUAUACAUAUAUAUUUAUAAAAAUAAGAAACAAGUAAAAAUCAAACCAAAGCUCAGCACGACUCAACUGUAAUCAAAUCACUCUUAGAUGAGGCUGAGGGUGGUAUUCAAGUAAACGGCUGUACAUUAGGCUAGUACCACUCCAAGGAGCAUAAUAGAUGUUUAGUUUAAGCUAUGGAAAUCAAAUAAACAACAACAACUCAAGAAGUUAGUGCUAUUUUUCUACCAUUUUUUAGGUUGAUGCUUUUCAUUUUGUAGAAGAAUGUAAGUAGUAGAAAAAUAUCCAAAUAUAUCGCAGAGAAACGGCUGCUUCUGUUUCUAUCCGUAGCAGUAGAGAUGUCGAACUAAUCAAACCAAGAGAAAUAAACGAAAAAUACGUAUGGGCGGGAGAAAGCGGAAGCUACUGUUUUCGAGCGAACGAAAAAUCAAAAAAUGAAGUGAUGUUGAAUCAAACAUAAAAUAAACUAACAACUAUUAGCCAAACAAGCGGUGGAAACUCUCUAGACUUCAGUACAAAUUAUCACUAAAUCAAAAGAAGAAAAGCUGGGAUGGAAUAUCCAUCUAAAAAGCAGCAACUGUUUCUUACUUCACGCCGAAUGGUUAUGCGCUCGAUUUUUACAACAAAAACAAAACAAAAGAGUGGAUCGUUGAUUGUCGUUGAGUUUUUCUAUUAGAGGUAGUUUAUGAAAAAAAAGUUAAUUAUUUAAUACGUACCGAAAAGCUUCCACUCUGUACUACCAGAUACCUUCGUGUUAUAUUCCGAAAAUAGCCAGGGGGAGAGCCCAGAAGAUUGCCUUCCACAAUCGUAGAAGAACGAGCAGACUAAUUAGGCAAGCGAAUCGCACGUACGGAAAACUCUUGCCCUCAAUUCUCGCACCUAAUCGCGAUUAGACACUUAGAUCCCCUCCAAACGACCAUCCAAUCACUCGGCCUUGUUUCCUCCUUCUUUUUGCACCAUCGGAUUCAGGCUUUCCUGCAACGAGAGCUGAGGGUAAUUGAAUAUUUGUUUUGAGCCCCAAAUAUUGCUUCCGUACGGAUGAGCACAGUAAAAAAUAAUCUACUACUACAUUAAAAACCCAACAGUGCCAAUCGUACCGUGUUCUCCUCCCGGCUCUCAGAAAGCAAUUGAACUUCCUUUUUACAUUAUAUUUACCGAGAUCUUCGAAACGAGAGUGAAAAAAGUCCUGUUUAUUAUUCAUAUAUUGUACAACCGAUAGUAAAUCAUAAAGACCAAAGAACCGCUUGCGAGCGGUCAAUUUUGUGUUAGAUGGGAAACAAAAAAUGACGAAACUCAAGAUUAAUAAAACGAAACGACUUCCAAUGUUAGCAUACAUACACACAUAAUGAAAAAAAAAACAAAACAAAUGCUGAGAGACCGAAACAGAGGGUCAACACACUGAAAUACUUGAAUA